CUCCAGCUGUGGGGAACGGAGUCUUUAUUACACAUCACACGUUCUGUAUUAUCUCUGAUUGACGGAGGAUGGACAAGGACAGUAGUCACAGGACUGAGAGCAUAAUAAAAAUCACCCUGGAGAUCAUCUACCUGCUUACUGGGGAGGAUUACACAGUAGUGAAGAAGACAUCCAGUGAGUGUGAGAUACUCAACAGCCAUCCCCGUGUGUCAGGAGGACUGAGUAGAACCCAGAGCCCCAUCCCAGUGCCUCCACCUCACUCACUGAUACAUGAGAGACACAAUGACCAGAAGAUCCUGGAACUCACCAACAAGAUCAUUCAGUUGCUGACUGGAGAGGAGGGGGAGUAUAUAGAUGAACACAGGGGUCUGUACAAGGACUUGAUGAUGGAGAAUCACCGGCCCCUCACAUCACUGGAAGGACCCAGUAACAGAGAUACCCCAGAGAGAUGUCCCCGUCCUCUGUAUUCCCAGGAUUGUACAGAGGAGAAUCACAGGAUCCCACAGGAGGAUCAGAGUAGUGAGAAAAAUAAAGCAAGCAAAGGGAGCGAUAAUUCUGAUAGCUCCAGCUUGGCCAAGAGGACAUUGGUACACAUAUCUGCUAAGAAUGUCCGUGGAAGCACUGAUAUUGCUCCCUCAACGUCCAGAUCUGUUAAUGCAGGGUCCUUGUUGCUACAGUCAUCUGGAUCACCUGUCUUUGACGGAGUGUCUGUUGAAACCUCUAUUUUAAAAGCUAGAGGAUUUUCGGUACAAAUAAUCCAGACUAUGUUUAGAGCAAGAAAGCCUUCUUCAGCGCGUGUAAAUGAAGGCUAUAACAUGCGAGAACUUGCUGAGAAACUGAACAUUUCCUACAACGAAAUUGAAGUAACUGAUGAGAUGUAG